AUGGCGCCAAUCAGAGGACGAGGCGGCUCCCAGGUCGUGGAAGAGGUGGAAGUAGAGGCGGAUUUGCAGCAGCGAGAACACGAGACGAGGUUGAAGAUUCGUGAAAAUGUUCCCAUGCGCGAACCCUCUGUAACCGACGAAAGCGAAUCCGACGCGUCAGACGACGCCGCCUCGGACGAAGAGGAAGAGGAAGCGCAGCCCAUCUCGAAUGCCUAUGCGACUCUCCUGCAGUCUUUCUCGUCGCGCAAUGCUGGGUCGGAAGAGCAUCGUAAGAAGAGACGGAAGCUGGGACAUGACGAGCCUUCACGUGAGGUGCAACUAGACGAUGCAUCCGACUCUAGCACAUUAGAAGCCGAAGACGUUGUGGCUGAGGACGAACAAGAAGAGGUCGACAACGACGAGGACCCGGACGAAGACGACCAAGCAGAGCAAGAGCUCGAGCAUGCUUACGAAAAACACUUCGCGAGCCCCGAUGAGAACGAGUUAGCCACACGACUCAAGCGGAUAGCAGCCAACCAAUGGACAUCACAGAAGCUCGAUCGGAAACCUGGGCAGGGUGUCGGAAUACUUCAGGUUCCAAGCGACGAGGUAAAAGCAUCGGGCAGGAAGUUGAAAAGCGUGCGAGAUGUUCAGUUGAAAGCGCGACUCGUGGAGAAUGCGCAGAAGAAAAUCGGCACAUUUGAUGAACUAGAACAAGUUAUCACACCCUCUAUAUUCGGCUAUCAAGAUCUCUUGUUCGGCGCGAGGACGGUGCAGAACGCCGGACGUCUACGAGACAUGACCUGUCUACAUGCGCUUAACCACAUCCUCAUGACACGCGACCGAGUGUUGAAGAACAACGCAAAGCUAGCCGCCGCAAAAGAAGACGAUGACGCCGAGUACCGCGAUCAAGGCUUCACCCGUCCAAAGAUACUCUUCCUGCUCGAGACGAAGCAAGCCUGCGUACGCAUGUUAGACAGCAUCACCAAACUCCACGACUUCGAGCAGCAAGAGAACAAGAAGAGAUUCCUUGACAGCUUCUCCCUCCCAGAGGACAAGUUCUCCGCUGAUCGCCCCGCCGACUUCCGCGAGCUCUUCGAAGGCAACGACGAGAACGAAUUCCGCAUCGGCGUCAAGCUAACACGGAAGACAUUGAAACUUUACUCGACUUUCUACAACUCCGACAUCAUCUUCGCGUCGACUCUCGGCUUGCGACGAGCCAUCGAAUCCGGAGAUCCCAAGAAACGCGACUCCGACUUCCUCUCCUCCAUCGAAAUGGUGAUAAUGGAGCAAGCAGACGCAGCCCUGAUGCAAAAUUGGGAGCACGCAGAGUUUGUUUUUGAACACUUGAACCUCCAACCACGGGAUGCACACGGCUGCGAUUUCUCGCGUGUGAGAAGCUGGUACCUAGACGGUCACGCGCCAUUCAUCCGACAAACCAUCGUACUUUCCGCAUUCCUAACACCAAAGAUUAACACGCUAUACAACAAACAUAUGCGCAAUUUCGCUGGGCGCUUAAAAUACACAGCAGAUAACACCGCCGGUCUCAUCGAGUCCAUGUCCUACGGUAUCAAACAGACCUUCCUACGGUUCGACUCGCCGUCCCACCUCACAGACCCAGACGCACGCUUCAAAUACUUCAACACGUCCAUCCUACCGUCCAUCACCCGGUUACCAAAGGCUCCUGACGGCGGCCUCGGCGUCCUCGUCUUCAUACCUUCGUACCUCGACUUUGUGCGCGUGAGAAACUCACUCGUCGAUUCGGAUUUGGCAUAUGCGUCCAUUAGUGAGUACACAGACGCGACUGAUGUCCGCAAGGCACGCUCCCAUUUCAUGAAUGGCAAGCAUUCACUACUCUUGUGUUGGAUCUCCCAAAGAGUAUCCACAAUCACCUUCGCAGCGUUGUCCAUUCUGCUAUUCACAACAGCUUCAAUUACUCGCUUCAAUCGAACUCACACAAGAAUGAAGCCCUACGCUCUCAGCAUCUUCACGAUCGCAGCAGUGGCCACAGCACACGUCCUCCCAUCCAUUUACACUUCCCUCACCAACCUUACCCACGAUGUCGACGUCAACAACGAUAUCAAAGGUAAUGCCUCCAACUACUCAGAUCUCUCCAUUGUCUACACAACCGUCAACCCACCUACCAAGUUCGACAAGGCUGUUUCCAUCGGUCUCACCCUCAACUCGGCCAUGAGAUCCAAAGACAGCAUCGCUCGGUGGUUCUUCAAAGACUUCCCGCAGUUCUCAGAAACUUGUCAAUCACCCUUUACAGGCGAUGGCCGUGCCGAGCUAGCAACCUGGGGUUUCGACGACAGUGACGCAUUGAGCGCCACGGUAGCAAAAGAGUGUGAUUUCGACGCGUACCACCAUAUCAAGGCCGCGUUUGACGAACUUGGUUUGGAUACUAGGAGUACCAAGGACGGGGGACCAAAUCAUUGUUUCAAGGUCUGUGUCAUCGUAUAUGAGGAGCAUGUCAAUCACCGGGAUGGUGUAGCCAUCAAGAGGAACGAGGAUAGGAGUUUGCCGAGUGAGGCAAAUCAGUACUAUGAUGUUUGUGGGAAGACGUAUCGGCUCAUCACUACAAGUACGCUCCGACUCACUUCUCUCAAGGCAACAGGCGCCACCUACGAAUUCGCUGUCAAUCCCCAUGGCCUCAUUGCCCUAAUGAACAUCAUGUCUUUGACCUACUCUGCAAAGACAUACACCUGGUUCCGGACCCCGCUCCCCGAGGAGCUUCCUCACAUCGGAACACCUCAAGACGUCGGCUGGGCAAUGUGGAACCGCGUCAACGCGCCUGAUCUCGCUGGUCUGAAGUAUCUGCUCGUUACACAGAUCAUGAACGUAGGGUCGAGGGAGCUUUUCAGGAGUGCAUUGGAGACGUUGGUACCGCCGCAGAGUGAGUAUAAACUCUGGCCUGGGGAGGAGUUUGGGUUAGACACAAAGGGUGGUCAGGCGAUUCUAGGUAUGUUACAUACUACAGGACACCCAAACUUCCAAGAUAGAGUGGAGGAAAUUGUCCAGGCUAACCCAACGCUAGGCUCACCAGUAGGACGAUGGGCAGGUUAUCUCCUACUACAGCAUAAAGACCAACUUGGCGGUAACCGCUAUAUCGAGAAGGUUAGGUUGUUCAAGCCGCUGGGCGCGAGUCUUCCUUACCUUCUCUUUUACGUAUCAAAGGAUCCGGCGGUCGGUCAAACUGGGCUUGCGGAUGCUGAGGUGGAGGCAGAGAAGGAUUCAUUGCGCGUGGUAGAAAGAGAUACAGGUAUCACAAACGUCAUGAGAGAGCAUGUUAUCCAUGCACAGUCCUAG